AUGCGGUACGGUCUGCUGCUGUUAGGCCUCGCAAUAGCUUGUUCAGCUGAAAUCUGUGACAAGUUAAUGGUGACAAUUUUCGACGGCGCUCCUCCUGGCUUCAUCGAAAUAGCGGAGAAGACCUUGAAAAGAAAACUGGCUCCGCAGACGAAAUUCAAGGUGAUAUUGGUUCACGUAGAUCCCCAUGAUGGUAUAUCGUCGGAAACUUAUCUAAACGUCAUCGGCGUUCCAAUCCGUGAUAGUAUGUGGAAGUUUGUCAAACCAGCUGUGAAGACGCUUGUAAAUGUACCUAGCGAUGAACCGUUCGCAAAGGCUCGUGAAUGCGAGAAGAAAGGCUUCAAAGUAAAAACUAAUCACUUUCCUCUGAGCGUGCUCUAUAAGCUUGCUAUGGACCAAGGUCUUCUUCAUAUUCCAAACAGUGAUAUAUAA